AUGGGUGGCCCAAUGACACAGACUCCCAGUGACGAGCUCUUCGUGUCUGGUCUCCCCACCGAUGCCACCGACGAUCUGCUCAAGAAGAUCUUUAGCCAGUAUGGCAGCAUAAAGGAGGUGAAAGUUUUGCCUGUGGCCGCCGGCAAGCAAGCGGCCGCAGCUUUCGUGGACAUGAACUCCCUGGAGGAUGCCAAAUGGAUCGUGGAGAACGUCAACGGCAAUGUUCCUCAGGGAAUGGCAGGCCCAGUCACGGUGGCGUAUGCCACGCCGCGGUCGCGGCGCAAGGGCAUGAAGGGUGGCAUGAAGGGAAUGCCACCCAUGAUGGAAAUGAUGGCAGCGAUGAUGGCCAGCAUGAGCGUUGGUGCUCCAGUGGCUGCCAAGGGUUGGAGCAGUGGCGGCAAGGGGUGGAGCGAUUCUGGCGCCAAAGGCUGGGGCACGUCCGGCAAGGGCUGGGGUGACUCUGGUGGUGCCGGCAAGGGCUGGGGUGCCUCAAGCCCUGUCUCCGGCAAGGGAUGGGGCGAUGCUAGCGGAGGCUGGGGCUCUGGUGCCACCAAAGGCUUCGGGGAUGGUGGCUGGGGCGGUGGCAAGGGGUGGUGGUAA